AAAAAAAUCAAGCGGCUCAAAUAAAAGGGGAUCAAUACUUGGUUUUGUCGGUAGUUCUGUAGUAGCAAACAAAGAGAUACAGUCAAACAUGUGGUCCCAAGUAAUCGGAUUGACCGUUUUAGUAGUAUGCGUGCAUACGCACUCGGUAGCUGUAUCUCAUCAAUCUCGCAUUGACCACUCUACUGGUCAUAUCAGCCAUCAUGUUGCUCACCCCGGUCAUCCUGUUGGUAUCAUCGGCCAUCCUAUUGGUCACCAUCGUCAUCACGGUCACGCUAUCAGCCACGGACAUGUGAUACAUCACGAACAUGGCCACAUCGGACAUAAUGCUGGUCACAUCGUACAGCACGCGGGGCAUCACGGUCACGCAGUGAGCCACGGACAUGUGAUCCAACACGGUCAUGGUCACACACAUGGACAUGGUCAUGAUCACGCCGCGUCUCAUCCCAGUUACGAAUUCUCGUAUGCCGUGAACGACCCGCACACCGGCGACCACAAGUCUCAGUCGGAGCACCGCCACGGAGAUGUUGUGAAGGGCCAAUACUCCCUCGUGGAACCCGACGGCAACGUGCGGUCUGUUCAUUACACCGCUGACGACCACCACGGAUUUGUUGCCGCUGUACACCACACCACGCAUCACCAUCAUCCCCAUCAUCAUGUUCAUGGUUCCCACGGUCACCAAUAAAUAUAGAUCUCCUACUACGAAACCCACCCUGAAGACCUCGAAAACUAUAUUGAAUACUGAUUUACUGAAAACAAUUGCAUACAAAAUACCAGCGCUGGAAAACAACUAUAUAAUAAACUACAAGAAACG